CCCCUUUGUUUUUGGAUGCGGGGGUUUGGGGCUGACUGCUCCAGCCCGUCGCUGUCAGCCCAAGGCUGCUGGUGGUUCGGGUCAGACAGGAGCCGGAUAACGGAGACUCCCAUCAGUGGGGUUCUCCUGUACAUCAGGACACAUUGUGCGCAUUUGUGGCUGGGGAAACUCAAGUUCACUUUAAACCUGGGGAAACGCGGAUUUUUAUGGGUGAUUUUGGGGGGUUUACACGGAAGAUCCGGAUCCCUGGUGAUCCGGUUCAGCGCGGCUAGGGCCGCCUGGUGCUCUGGGGGCGCCCGAGGCAUUGCCGUGACCCGGGCUCGGUGCCAUGGCUGCAUGCCCGGAGCGCGCCCCGCCGCGCCGCUUUGUGUCCAGACCUGUGCGCGGCUCGUGCGGGCAAAUCCGGAGACAUCUCGGGUGCCGCGCGGCUCCGUCCCCUCCCCGCUCGCCAGCCUUUGUCUCCCUCCGCCCCCUCCGCCGGCUCCAGUUCCAGCCGGAGCGCGUCUGAGCCCGGCUGCGGCUGCCCCGGGGAGCGGAGCCGCGAGCGCAGCGGAGGACGGGGGAACCCCCCAGCUGGAGCCGGGGCGCGAGGAGCCCUGGCCGCUUGGCCGGCCUCCAGCCAAGCCUUCCCCCGCCUGCGGCCCAGCCGCCGGGACAAUGCCGGGAGGGGCUUUGGCUCAGGUCCCGGUGACGUUCGAUGACGUCGCCGUCUAUUUCUCCCGGGAGGAGUGGGAGAUGCUGGCAGACUGGCAGAAGGAGCUGUACCAGGAGGUGAUGAGGGAGAAUUAUGCAAAUCUCAUUUCUCUGGCAGGGGACUGGCCCAGGCAGAGAAGCAAGAAGAAAAAUGAGGAGGAAUGUGCUGAAAAGUUGGAAGCCCCGGAGCUGCCGACUGGAAACAGCUCGGCCAACGGCUCAGAGAAGGCACAGAACUGCAGCACUCAGAGCGUCCGUGUCCCAGAGCCAAGCGGCGAGGAAGGCGGGUGGCCGGGGCAGCCGGUUGAAGGGGGAAGAGGGAACAGCCAUUGCACGUGGCCCAGUGGGAACCAGGCACCCAAGAAAAGGGCAAGACCACACAAUUGCGACGAGUGCUGGAAAAGCUUCACCUGGAGAUCGGAGCUGGUUCAGCACCGCAGGACCCACACUGGGGAGAGGCCGUAUAAGUGCGCUGAGUGCGGGAAGGGCUUCAGCCAGCAUGUCAACCUGACCAUCCACCAGCGUAUCCACACCGGCGAGCGGCCCUACCGGUGUGGCGAAUGUGGGAGGGGCUUUACCCAGCAUAUCAACCUGACCCUCCACCAGAGAAUCCACACUGGGGAGCGCCCGUACCAGUGCAGUGAGUGUGGGAAAAACUUCAUCCGCAAAUCCAACCUGGCCAAGCACCAGAAGAUCCACACAGGCGAGAAGCCCUUCCAGUGCGCCCAGUGUGGGAAGAGCUUCGUGCACAAGUCUGGCCUGGUGUCGCACCACAGGACCCACACGGGGGAGCGGCCGCAUCAGUGUGAGGCGUGUGGGAAGCGCUUCGGCCACAAGUCGGGCCUGCUUUCGCACCGGAAGACCCACACGGGUGAGCGGCCCCACCAGUGUGCCCAGUGCGGGAAGAGGUUCCGGCAUAAGUCAGGCGUGGCCUCACACCAGAGCACCCACACGGGUGAGCGGCCUCACCAGUGCUCCCAGUGCGGCAAGCGGUUCUCCCGCACCUAUGAGCUCAUCUCCCACCAGCGCCUGCACACAGGGGAGCGGCCCUACCCAUGUGCCGACUGCGACAAGAGCUUUGUGCGCAAAUCCAACCUGGUGAAGCACCAGCGCGUGCACACAGGGGAGCGGCCCUACCAGUGUGGCCAGUGCGAGAGGAGCUUCUCCCAGAGGUAUGAGCUGGUGGCUCACCAGAUCACCCACACCGGGGAGAGCCCCUAUACCUGUGCCCAGUGCGGGAAGAUCUUCAGCCAGAAGUCGAACCUCGUGAAGCACGAGCGCAUCCACACUGGCGAGAGUCCCUUCCCCUGCACCCAGUGCGGGAAGAGCUUCAGCCAACGUGCCAACCUGGUGAAACACCAGCGGAUCCACACCGGGGAGCGGCCGUUCCAGUGCGCCCACUGCGGGAAGAGCUUCAGCCAGAAGUGCGAGCUUGUGUCGCACGAGCGGAUCCACACCGGGGAGCGGCCGUUCCAGUGCGCUCACUGUGGGAAGAGCUUCAGCCAGAAGACGAGUCUGAUCGCUCAUCAGAGGAUCCACGUUGGUCAGCUACUGAGUGAAUGUGCCUAGGGCGAUGCCCUCCCGUCCAGCUCUGUCCGGCACUCCGGCUGAUGCCAAUGGGGGGCUGACGUGCAGAUCGAGGGAGGUGCAUGGCUCUGGGUAUGGAUCCAUCAGUAAAUAUCUUCUCGCUUACUGGGGAGCAAACAAGGGAGGAAUUGGGGCUCUCAAGCUUGAGAUUUCCAAACACGUCCCAGAAAGAGUUUAAAUAGCUCUUUGAAUUGCCCUUGUCAGGAGAGGGGGGAUAUUUCAAACCUGCCUUCCGGUUAACGCAGAGACCCUGUCAGACUUUCUAAGGCUCGGCAGGUCGGGAAACACCAUGUAAUUGUCAAGAAGUCCAGAAAACGUCUGGCAAAGCAGGAACCAUGUUGAACAGCAGAGCGUUCCCUCAGGAGAAGAGGGAGCAGGCUUGGAAGACGCAGGGCUGAUUCAAAGCUUGGGUUUUCCAGAUGUCUGAUGAUGAACCUUCUGAGCUUGACUGACCCUCAGGAAGACUGUAGGAUGUGGGUAUGGCGUGGUAGACCCCUCAGCAGUACCCUCAACUAGCCAAUGGGAACAUGGAGGGCUGGAAGGGGUGGAGAAUGAUUAAUGGGGUAUGAAGAACAGCUGGUCAAAUAAUAUUCAGCAAAUAUAUGAUUUGAUUCUUGUUGAGCAAUGAAUCAAAGAAAUAACUUUUUGAAGUGUUCAUUCAGCUGUUGAAAACUGUUCCUCAAAGAAAUUAUUUGGGGCCAGGUUCACAAAGGUGUUUAGGUGUGUAAAGAUGCCGACAGGUGCUGUUGUCAAUCUCACUAGCACAGGGGUUCUCAAACUGGGGGUCGGGACCCCUCAGGGGGUCGCGAGGUUAUU